AUGAUUGUAAGGCCUUCAGCAAUCCAUUUACUUCUGGUGUCCACCAUUUCUAUGGUGGCAUGCCUUGAGCAUAUCAAUCCGAGUCCAGACGAGGCAACUGUAUUCUCCUUGAUUUAUGGAUAUCCACUGGUUUCAUAUGCCACAUUUGCCCUCCGAACGUUGGCCAGGCUGAAUUCAACCAGUAGCUUCUAUCAUUUGCGAGAGCUGACGACGCCUGAAACCACAGCCGAGGUGCGACCCAAUGUUGACACGCUGUAUUCGGCCUCUGUCAUUGAUCUGUCACAUCACGAUGUUAUUGUGGAUGUUCCAGUUGUUGAUGAGCGGUUCUGGGUAUUUCCUUUCUACGACGUGUGA